ACUAACGCCUUUCCCAUCUCACAUGAUCGCAUCUCUCUCUGUUCCCUUUCGUUCUCCUCGUCACCGGUCGUACUCUCUCGAUAAGCAAGAUCACAUGCUCAUUUAAGCAUCACCAACUCCUCGUAUUAUUCAAUUCACACGCACUUCGACGCCAUGUUCUUGUGUUUCAUGCACACAAGAGGAGACUAAUAAGAGUUGUAGAAGUAGAAGAAGAUCCCUCUCCCCGCCUCUUUUUUUUUUUUUUUUUUUUUNUUUUUUUUUUUUUUUUUUUUUUGUUUUUUUUUGUUUUUGCGCUCUCUCUCUCUCUCACACACACUCUGUCUCCCAACUAUAGAGCUCCAAUAUAUAUAUGUAGAGCUCCUCCUCCUCCUCCUCCUCUUCUCCAAUCAACCUCACUCUCUCUCUCGGAGGUCCGUCAAUGGCGGCGGCGCUGGAGUGUUGGUCGGGUCGGCCGAGCACGGACGAGGAGAUGGUGGAGCACGUGCUCAUGAAGAGCCACCACCGCUCCGACGCCUUCUCCGCUUCCUCCGCGGCCGCCGCCGCCGCCGCCUCCGCCGCGUCGUCCCCGUCCCCCUCCGAGGACCAAAACCCUAGCGGCGGCGGCGGCGGCGGAGGCGGGACCUUCCCCACGCCCCCGAAGAAGUGGCAGCGCCUCGGCCGCAACUUCGCCGGCGCCAUCGCCGCGCUCAAGAGCUCCCUCAACAUCGACUCCCCACGCGACCCCUCGCCGCGCUCCGAGAAGCACUUCUGGGGCGGCGCCGUGCGGUGCCUCGCCCAACUCUACCCCAACACCCACCAACCUAGCGAGAAGCUCAUCGCCAAUCUCCGACGCCAUUUCGAUUCGUUGCCUAACAGCUAUGCUCAAGCGGGGUUUGAUAUGAAGGACGUUCUCCUACACGCUCGGCUUAUUGAGCAAGCGUUUGCAGAGGAUCAACCCGCGAUCAAUAUACUGGAGAUGCAGGAGAACAAUAAUGGUGUGGAUGGGUUCUUCUUUAAGCUCACAUUUACAUGCAAUUCCCCUCUUUCAUGGCAAGCAAUGUCGGGCUCGCUCGAUAGCUCUUUGAUCUGUUGUAGAAAGAUUCAGAUCUUUGAGAAGAAAGGUUUAACUCUUGGUAUUGUGGUAAUCUUUGUUCAAUCGGGAAAUGAGAGGAAUUUCAAGUCUCGGGUCGAAGCUGCAUUGAGAUCUGCGGUAAAGAAGCCAAAGACUAAUGGCGUGAAGCUCCCUUUCGGGCUCUGCGGGUGCCAAGAGGAGAACUCGAGGAAUUGCGAGGAGGAUUCGCCGUUCGAUCGAGAUGAUCGUGCAUCGGCAGCCGAUAAUGAGCCUCUUCGACGAAUUCAGCUUCCGUCACCUUUGCCGGAGUCUUCUUUGGUUGUUUCUGUCGAUGAGUGGCAAACUGUUCGAUCCGGUGGCGAGGAAAUUGGACGGUGGAUAAUAAACUCCGAUGAGGUCGAGUUCAUCGACUGGGUGGGCUCCAAUUCCUUCAAAGGUGUCUACAGGGGAAAGAAAGUGUGGGUAAAGAAGUUGAGGGGUUGUGAAAUGGGAACUGCUUAUGAUAUAGAGAUCAGACAAGACUUGUUACAGCUGAUGAGCUGUGGGCAGAAGAAUAUACUUCAAUUUUACGGGAUGUGCUUCGAAGAGAAUCACGGCUUGUGCAUUGUAACAAGGAUGGUGGAAGGGGGAUCGGUUCACGAUGUUACGGAGAAGAAUAGGAAGCUGCAUAUUAGGGAAGUGAUGAGGAUUGCUCUUGAUGUUGCCGAAGGUCUUAUGUUUAUGAAUGAUCAUGGAGUGGCGUAUCGAGAUUUGAAUACACAGCGGAUUUUGUUGGAUAAGCAGGGGAAUGCUUAUCUUGGGGACAUGGGUAUAGUUACAUCUUGUAAUCUUGGGGAGGUUAAGGAGUAUGAAACAGCUGGGUACCGGUGGCUCGCUCCUGAGAUCAUUGCAGGAGAUCCCGAGAGUGCGACGGAGACUUGGAUGAGCAAUAUCUAUAGCUUCGGAAUGGUGCUAUGGGAAAUGGUAACUGGAGAAGCCGCAUACUCUUCUUAUUCUCCGGUUCAAGCUGCAGUAGGAAUUGCUGCAUGCGGGCUGAGGCCGGAAAUACCAAAAGAUUGCCCUCAAGUUCUAAAGUCGCUGAUGCUCAAGUGCUGGAACAAUUGCCCGUCGAAGCGACCUCAAUUUUCGGAGAUCAUCAAUAUCCUACUAAGGCAAAAUAUUCGAUGAUAAGCCUUAAGUUUCUUGUUUACUCUCUUUGUGCCGUAUUUGAUUGCUUUAGUAGGAUCUAUGUUGAAAAGAAUUGUACUUUUUUUUUUGCCCUUUUUCUGGGUGCCUGUUUUUCUACCACCCCAAGUGUACACUUGCCAUGUAUGUUAUUAGAUGAGAAAAUGUGUGGUUCUCUCUCUCUCUCUCUCUCUCUCUGUACCUUUCAUCAUUGUGAGAUUAAUAAUGAGCAAACCUUCUAUGGAAA